AUGUUGGAGCGCGCCAGGCAGAACCUCGAAGGUGGUACCUACCAAAGUCCCAAGGUCGCGCCUCUCUACGCCCUGACUGGAGCCCUUCUCAGGCAGGAUGACGCAGUGGGGCCGAUGCGCGAUUCGAUCCUGUUCGUGGGUACUGCACGACCUGAAGAUGAACGUGUUGAGCACCAAUCGACAUCUUGCCAUAAUACACCACAGAGAACCAGAAGAGAAGCUACAGGAAACUAUUUGAAUGUAGCGAGAAGACAGCGGGGCCUCCUCGGGGCACAGUGGGUCAGUCGGGCGUCAAGGGAAAGGAAGGGGGGCACGCGAGCAGCAACUCGGUCAUGGCCUGACCACUAG